AUGGCAUCCAUUUCAAGCUCAAUAAAGGUUCCAGUAUUUGAAGGGAAGAAUUUUGAGCAUUGGAGAAUACAGAUGGAGAAUAUAUUCAAAUACCAAGAGGUAUGGGAUAUUGUUGACACCGGUUAUGUUGAACCUGAAGCAAAUGCAGCUUCAACUCCUGAGGAAACAUCAGCUUUACAAGAAAAUAGGAAAAAGAAUGCGAAAGCUACCUAUAUUCUUCAUCAAGGAGUGCAUGAAUCUCUUUUCGAUAGAAUUGUGUACAUCAGUGAAGCCAAGAAGGCUUGGGAUGCUUUGAAAACAUAUUACAAAGGGUCUGACAAAGUAAAGAAGGUACGACUACAAACCCUAAGAAGAAAAUAUGAGUUAUUACAGAUGGAAUCUUCAGAGAAAGUGUCAGAUUUUUUCUCAAGAAAAUUAAGUGUAGUUAAUGAGAUGAAAUCUAAUGGAGAUAUUAUACAAGAUGCUGCAAUUGUGGAGAAGAUUCUACGGAGUUUACCAGAAACUUUUGAAGCAAAAGUAACUGCAAUAGAAGAAUGCAAUUCAGCAACAACUAUGAGUCUAGAUGAAAUAUUAGGUCACUUUAAAAGAGAGUGUCCUGAAAAGAAGGUUGAAACGCGGAAUAAUGCAAACUUUGUUGAAAAAGAACAAGAAGAAUCUGAAGUUCUUUUACUAGCUUGUUUUACAGCUCAAGACCACAACAAUAAUAAGUGGUAUCUGGAUACUGGGUGCAGCAACCAUAUGUAUGGAAUGAAAGAGCUAUUUGUGGAUUUAGAUGAAUCAUUAACCACAAAUGUUAAAUUUGGUAACAAUGAGACAGUUCCUGUAAUGGGAAAAGGGAAGAUUGGUAUUAUUCUCAAGAAUGGAGCUUAUUCAUAUAUCUUAGAUGUUUAUUAUGUUCCUGGUCUACUGAUCGUUGUCGAGAUGGUUUCAGGUCUACCAGCUAUAGAUUAUCCUGAGAAGAAGUGUGAAAGUUGCAUAUUUGGUAAACAACACAGAAAACCUUUUCUUAUAGGGAAAGCAAGAAUAGCAAGGCAACCUCUUGAAUUAAUUCAUUCUGAUCUUUGUAGUCCUAUGGAAGAAGUUUCACGUGGAGGAAAUAGAUAUUGCAUCACAUUCAUUGAUGAUUUUAGUAGAAAAACGUGGGUUUAUCUACUAAAGCUAAAAAGUGAAGCUGCUAAUGCUUUUAAGAACUUUAAAGUAUUUGUUGAGAAACAAAGUGGAAAGAAAAUCAAGAUUUUACGUACUGAUAGAGGAACUGGAUGCUUACUAGACAAAACUCCAGAAGAAGCAUUGACAGGAAGAAAACCUAGUGUUAGGCAUCUCAAAGUGUUCGGAUGCAUAGCAUAUGCACACAUACCAACAGAAAUUCGAAAGAAACUGGACAACAAAAGUGAAAAAUGUAUCUUUCUUGGAUACAGUGUUGCUACAAAGGGUUAUAAGCUGUAUAAUCCUGAGACAAGAAAGAUGAUCAUUAGUCGAGAUGUUAUUUUUGAUGAAUCAAGUCAGUGGGACUGGAAUUCAACAGAAGAUAAUAUUGUCUCUGAAGAGCAAGGAAUUGUAACUUUACAAGAUAUUGUUCCUGAAGUUACUACUCCUACUACUGUUAUGGAGACUGAAACACAACAACAAGAAGAAGAAGAAUCAACACGUCUUGUACGUAAUCGUGUUGCACCAAUAAGACUUGAAGAUUAUGUGGUGACUAGAGAUGAUGAAGAUGAAGAUCUUAUUAAUUUUCCUUUAUUUGGAGACAGUGAUCCGAUAAAUUUUGAAGAAGCAUCUCAAACUAAAGGUUGGAGAGAAGCAAUGGAUGAUAAAAUUCAAGCAAUUGAAAAGAAUAAAACUUAG